UCCAUUCAGCUAAUCAGCCUCCAGCUGGGACAAUUAAGAGGCAGGUUAAAACCCAGCAGACUGAGCCCUUCACAUCUCCAGACAAGAUGGAGAGCACUUGUGUCUUACAAGAUCUGAAAAGCUUUCAAUGCUCCUCUCCGUCAGAGUUUGACAAGAAGUUCUUUGGAGAACAGAGUUUACUGGCCGCUCUGUCUCUGGACCAGCUCUCCACAUCCAAGGUGUCCUGCGACCCGGCGGCUGACUGGUCUGACAGCAAGGCGUCCAUGCUGGCGUCGCUCUGCCUCUCUGACAUAGUCUCUCCCUGUCUGGGUUUGCCGCUGCACGGCUCCACCGCUCAGGAGGCAGAUGCCUGCAAUAAACUGUGCGUUCCGGUGCAGGCAAAGAUCUCCACCCCGCAAAUCCUCCUCCAGAAGCCCAAAAAUGCUGCUUGUUUUGACCAGUCCUAUGGAGACCUCACAGCAUCGCAGACCUCCUGGGACGUGUCCCUGAUCAAAGCUGAGAACAGCCCCAUGUUCUGCACGGAGUCCAACUCACAGGAGCAGGUGUGGAGCCCAAAAACGCCUCAUUCAGCCCCUGAAGUUUGAAAAGUUUGAAUCAAUGGCAUUGAGCACAGCGUGUUCUCAGAACAAAGUUUAUUUUAAAUUUAUCCAAAUAAAAGGAAAUAUUUUAACAAACUGUACAAAACAUUUACAAUGCUGCUUCUCAAAGCCACACAGCUGUUAAGGUGGAGUCAGGCGGGCUUCUGUGUCUCCAUCGUGGUCCUUUAAGAAAAGAAAACAUUCAGUUUGUGCAAACAUCCCAAUAAAUCUGACUAAUUUAGGAAUUUCA